CAAGUGGACGCUGAUUGGUCCGUGGGAUGACCCCGGAAGUAGUUCCCUCUUCACUGGAGAUGCAGAGCUGGUGCUUGGUUAAUGAAGGGAUGUCUAGUUAGUGACGUGCUGCCACUGGUUAAUGAGGUGUUAUCAUUAGUUAAUGAAGUUAGUGACGUGCUGCCACUGGUUAGUGCUGGUUAAUGAGGUGUUAUCACUAGUUAAUGAAGUUAGUGAGGUGCUGCCACUAGUUAGUGCUGGUUAAUGAGGUGUUAUCACUAGUUAAUGAAGUUAGUGAGGUGCUGCCACUGGUUAUUGCUGGUUAACAAGGUGUUAUCAUUGGUUACAAAGGGGAUAUCCAGCCAAGGAGGAAGCCAGCAUCUCUGGAAGUUAAUGAGAGAUUAUCCGGUUAGUGCUGGGGUGAUUCUGAUGAGUCAGUAAGAGGACUGGUAACUAGUUGGAGUGUUGCUGGUUUUUACGAGGAGGCACCUUGCCACAGACGGGUUAUGUUAGUAGUUAGUGAGGGAUCUACAACUUGUGAGAUGCUGGUUAGUAAGGGCCUGGUUACCAAGUGAGAGACAGGGUGUGCUGCUGGUUAGUGGAGGCGGAGAGGGACAGUGUCAGCCGGUGGGAGGCUGCGAUGUCUGAGCGUGACGAGAGGAGAUACGUGGAGCUGAGCCGGGAGUCGGUCAGACUGAUGGGGGAGAGCGUGGGGCUGGAGCUGGGCGACGAGGUCAGCGCUCUGCUGGCGGAGGAUGUGUCUUACCGACUGCGAGAGACCGCCCAGAACGGCACCCAGUUCAUGAGGCACGCCAAGCGCCGGCGCCUCACCGUGGAGGACUUUAACAGGGCACUGCGGUGGGCGAAUGUGGAGCCUGUGUGUGGUUACGGGGCCCCGGAUGUGCUCCCUUUUCGCUCGGUGAAGGAGGGAGAGCUGUUUGUCGUCGAGGAUCGUGAGGUGAAUCUGGUGGAGCUGGCCCUGGCGACCAACAUCCCGAAGGGCUGUGGUCAAACUGUAGUCCGAGUUCAGGUCUCCUACUUGGAGAGUAAAGCAAACGAGGAAGCUCAGGGAGCGGUUCCUGCGGCAGUCUCCAGCCUCUCCGAUGACCUCCUCAAGUAUUACCAACAGAUUACCAGAGCGGUCCUAGGGGAUGACCAGCAACUCAUGAAGGUCGCUCUUCAGGAUCUUCAGUUGAAUUCGAAGAUCGCAGCCCUGCUCCCUUACUUUGUCCAUGUCGUCAGUGGGGUUAAAUCGGUGAGUCAUGAUCUCGACCAGCUGAACCGCCUUCUGCACAUAGUGAAGAGUUUAAUCAGUAAUCCCUACCUCUACCUGGGGAACUACAUGAAGAGCCUCGUCUCCAGUGUCAUGUACUGUAUUCUGGAGCCUCUCGCAGCCUCAAUAAACCCUCUCAACGAUCACUGGACCCUGAGGGAUUACGCUGCACUGCUCCUUACUCACAUCUUCAGGUGCCAUGGUGAUUUAGUGAGUGCACUGUCCCACCAGAUCCUUCUGACCCUCCAGAAGGUGCUGAUCGAUCCCGUGCGGCCUCUCUGCUCUCACUAUGGAGCCCUGGUGGGUUUACACGCGCUGGGCUGGAAGGCUGUAGAACGUGUCCUUUACCCCCAUCUGCACAUGUACUGGCCAAACCUGCAGGCUGUCCUCGAUGAUAACUCAGUGUCCAACGCACAGGUUAAAGCUGAUGGUCACAAGGUGUACGGAGCCAUUCUGGUGGCUGUGGAGAACUUGUUGAAGACGAAGCUGCUGAUGGUGGUGUCGGCAGACGGAGGCAGCGUUCCGAGCUCUCCGGCAGGGAGCCCGGUGCGGGAGCCUCACACCGAGUUUGGUUUUGGCAUCACAAGCCACCUGCUGCAGACGGGCGCGGGCCCGAGCUACGAGCUGGUCCACCCUGCUCCCGGCCUGGCGCAGAUGUACCGUGAGCUGUAUUCCUUCUUUGGGGACAGCCUGGCCACUCGUUUUGGGACAGGAUCCAGAAUCCCGGCUUCAGCUUUCCCGUCUGCCGGCAAGGAACCCGUCGGCCAGGCUGCUGCAGCGGGCACUGACCCGAAGACCCAGAGGGCAGGCCUCAACGGCACUGACCAAGGCCGGAAGAUGCCGCAGCUCACCAUGAGUUUAGCCGAUAGCCCAGUGCAGGGAAGUAGCCCAGGGCCUGAUCAGCCCUCGCUCCAGAGAGCCGGCCUUACUCCCCGAAACAAAUCCACAGCUCAGCUGUCGACGGACCAGGGUCUGCUCCACCAAAGGGGGACCCUGGGUCUCCGGGAUGUCUUCCAGAGGGCUCCUGUCUGCCCUCAGGCUGGUCCCUCUGCCUUCCUGAUUGCUGGCAGGCAGAUGGGCCGAAGGGGAAAAGGCCGCCGUUUCCAGACCAGCUUCCCGAUCUAUCACAAAGCCAGCCUGGCUUCCAAGUACAGUCAGAGGCUGCCCAUGAUUGGCCGGGUUAACAAACCAAUCAGGAGGUGGCUCAGGGCCGACUAUCCCCUGUACCUGCCCCUUUAACUGGGGGUUGACUACCCCCCUGUAUCUUCUGCUUUAACUGGGGGCCGACUACCCGCCCGUAUCUGUCCCCUUUAACUGGGGGCCGACUACCCACCCUGUACCUGCCCCUUUAACUCGGGGCCGACUACCCGCCCGUAUCUGUCCCCUUUAACUGGGGGCCGACUACCCACCCUGUACCUGCCCCUUUAACUGGGGGCCGACUACCCGCCCGUAUCUGUCCCCUUUAACUGGGGGCCGACUACCCACCCUGUACCUGCCCCUUUAACUGGGGGCCGACUCCCCCCCCCCCCCCCCCCCCCGUACCUGUCCCCUUUAUCUGGGGGCCGACUACUCCCCACCCCCACCCCCCCGUACCUGCCCCCCUUUAACUGGAAUUCUCCCACCAGCUGACGUGACGAUGAGGAACUCUCCUUCUGAUCCCCCUGUCCUCACCGUGAAGCAGAGAGACUCUCGCCAGCUGUCUCUGUCAGCGUUGGAACGGAGAGAGCAGCCUGAUGAGAAUCUGGUGCUUCGGAGAUGUUGCCUGAAAUCCCAGCCGAGUUACUUUGUGCAAAGUGAAUCGCUUUCUGGGACAAACAGUGGGACAGCCACAUUCCUCACGCUGUCAUCCCCAUGUAGGUGAUUCCCAUUCUCACCAUUUGACAUUGUUUUUGUUGUGUAUCUCGCUAUGGAAUGGUUGAUUUAUGUAAACUUACAGAUUGACACAUGAAUGAUUGUAACUUUAGUUGGAUAGUUAAAUGAAAGUUUCUUCGAUGUUUUUGUCGUGUUUAUGGAAACAGAAACACACACGUUAAAACA